UCUUUCAAAAGUGACACUUGUAAUCUGUUAAUCAUCUACGUAAAAGAAGGCCGGUUACGUUCUUGACGCUCGCUCGAUUGUUUUUUUUAACAAAAAAAUUAGUUUUUCAAAGAAAAUGUCAAAACCAAAAGAAGUUAAAAACAAUAAUUGGACCAAUUAUGCUGUACGAAUUAUCGUUAACACGGCUUCGCAUCCGUUGGAGUAUGCCAAAGUUCUCAUACAGUUGGGACAUGAACCUAUCGCUCCAAGACCUUCGACCACGUUAUUUGGAAAACCGGCACUUAAAUUACCUAAUGUUUUUCAAUACGUUAAACAUAUCAAAUCGGUUGAUGGUUUGGUUGGUUGUUAUCGAGGACUUUUUCCUAAAGUUUGUGGUAAUUUAGUUUGUGCGAUUACAACGGAAAAGAUUGUCGAAAAAUUCGAUAGGGAUUUAAUGGGACGAGAUGAUAUCGACGAUGACCUCGAUGAAGAUAUGAGUGAAAAUAGGAGUGAUAGAAGAAAAAAGGAAGAUGAUAGAGCUAAAUUUAUUCGUAAUUUAAAAAGAGACAUUGUUAGUCGUGUAAGUGCUAUUAUAGUAAGCCAACCUUUUCAUGUUAUUACCAUUAGGAUGAUGGCACAAUUUGUUGGUCAAGAAACUAAGUAUAGUGGUAUUUUUGGUUCAAUAGCUGAAGUUUAUCGUCAAAAUGGAAUUACAGGCUUCUUUAGUGGUUUAAUACCAAGAAUAAUUGGAGAUAUUCUCUUUUCGGUAUUAGCUGGUGUUUUAACUUACACUGUAAAUACUUAUAUUUUUGAGGAAAAUGAAUUACAAGUGUAUACUUCAGCUACUAUGUCUUUCAUUGCGAGCGCUAUAACAUAUCCAUUCCAAGUUGUAGCGAACUGCAUGGCUGUAUCAAGAUCAGGCUUGGCGGCUGGACAACCGCCGGAAAUGCCGUUGUAUUCUUCCUGGAUCGACUGUUGGUUAGAUUUGUCGCGUCAUAAUCAAUUAAAACGUGGUUCGAGUUUGUUGAUUCGCUAUUAUGUGGGUCCGCAAGUAAUUAUUGGUGGUAGAGCAGUUCCUAUUCCGCGAAAAGACACUUUAACAUUACAUUAAACCAAAAAAGGUUUCGAAAGUUGUAUUUAUAAUUAGCGACUGCCGCAUUACUUUCGCGCAUAAGUAUUCAUAAAUUUUAUUAAUAUACUGUAAAUAAUUUUUUCUUUUCUUUUUGGUACAUUAUCGUCUUAUUUUGAUUAACUGGGAUAUGUAUGUGUACCUGGAGAAAACUAAUUUUGUUUUUUUGUUUCGUAUUUUUUAAAAUAGACCGAGUUUUAUUGUU